UGGGCGUGGUUUCGGACGCAAACUGAUGCACAAUGGCUGGUGAGCUCUGGUCCAGUUCACUCUCAGUCACAUGACAGAUAAUCUAGAGCGGCAGUUCCGCGUUUAUUGCGACAGGCACAGUAGAUACAGUGACAAGCUGAAUGGAUACUUAAAGCGGCGUCUUUCUUUAUGGUUUUGUUUGAUCAUUUCCGUUGUGAUCGCCUUGCGGCGUCGUGUUCGCUCUGGGGUGGCCCUCGAGGGAAAAGCGGAGUGGCGCGGGGACGUUCAGCAACAUGUUCAGCAGGGUCAGGUCGGCCGUGGCCAGUUUGGUGGGCGGCUUUAUGCCUGGCUCGGCCAGCAGCGGAGAGCGAGCGACUGGCGUGGAUUUGCCGCUGAAGUUCCCGUACGUGAGGCCGGAGUUUCUGGGACUGUCACUGGACGAGGUGGAGUGCUCGGCUGAUCAUGUGGCGCGACCCAUCCUAAUCCUCAAAGAGACGAAGAGGUUACCAUGGGCAACUGGCUACGCAGAGGUGAUAAAUGCUGGGAAAAGUACUGUGAAUGAGGACCAGGCCUGUUGUGAAGUCAUGCUGGUGAAGAAGAGGCCCACCGGAUCCUCCACACCCUGCAAACCAUCCAAGAGGAGAUCCUCUCUGCCUAAUGGAGAGGGUCACAGCCUUGCUGAGAGCUCAAUGGAGAAUGGCGAGAUGGUCUUCCACUACUGGGCUCUGUUUGAUGGACACGCUGGCUCAGGUGCAGCUGUUAUGGCCUCCAGACUGCUCCAUCGGCACAUUGCGGAGCAGCUGCAGGAGAUUUUGGAUGUUCUGCGCAACCUGGCAUCACUGCCACCUACUGUAAUGGGAGAUGACCUGGAUCAUACCAGUACCCCCUGCAUGCCUCGAGCCCUAUCAAGAGCAUCCUCCCUGCGCAACUCGCCGUGUACUACUGCGCCACGCUUUUUCACUGAGAAGAAGAUCCAGCAUGAGAGCCUUGUGAUCGGUGCCCUCGAGAAUGCCUUCAAACACAUGGAUGCCCAGAUCGAGAGGGAAAAAGCUGUGUAUAAUAUCAUGGGUGGAUGCACUGCACUCGUGGCGUCGUUCAUUCUGGGCAAGCUGUAUGUGGCCAAUGCAGGGGACAGCAGAGCUAUCAUAAUCAGGAAUGGUGAGAUCAUCCCCAUGUCUGCAGAGUUUACUCCUGAAUCAGAGAGACAGAGACUGCAGUUCCUGGGUUACAUGCAGCCUCAUCUGUUAGGGGGAGAGUUCACACACCUGGAGUUCCCUAGGAGGGUCCAGAGGAAGGAGGUGGGCAAAAAGAUGCUGUACCGUGACUUCACCAUGACUGGCUGGGCAUAUAAAACCAUUGAGGAUGAGGACAUCAGAUUCCCUUUAAUAUACGGUGAAGGAAAGAAGGCUCGUGUGUUGGCAACAAUCGGCGUGACUCGUGGGCUCGGUGAUCACGACCUCAAAGUUCAUGACUCUAAUAUCUACAUUAAACCAUUUCUGUCCUGCUGUCCUGAGGUGAGAGUAUAUAACCUGACGCAGUAUGAGCAUGGCACUGAUGACGUGCUGGUGAUGGCCACCGAUGGCCUGUGGGACGUUCUCUCAAACGAGGAAGUGGCUGAGUACGUCACUUCUUUCCUCGCCAACUGUGACCCAGAUGACUUGCACAGGUACACCAUGGCAGCACAGGAUUUGGUGAUGCGUGCUCGGGGCAUGCUCAGGGACCGUGGAUGGCGCAUAAAAGACGAUCGCCUUGGCUCCGGAGAUGACAUUUCCGUUUACAUCAUCCCACUUAUGUAUGGUAACCGACAGCCAUAGAGCAGGUGCUUCUCUGUUGAACUUUUCUGUCUCUCUCUCACACACAUACACACUUAAACAACUUUCCACACCCUGUGAUACACAGUGUACAGUGUUCCUCUUUGUACUGGAAGGGGAAAAAUACAUUUAUACAGUUCCCAUGACCCAUCACUUAGCAGAACUCCUGGUCAUGCGCUUCAAGACUAAUCCACAGUUAUAGCAUGGUAAUGAGUUGUCUUUUAUGCCUAUGACUAAUUUCUUUCUUUCUUUCUUUUUCUUUUUUUUUUUUUUUUGCUAGAUGAAGGCAGGUUUUUUUAAUGUAUGUCUUGUUAUUCAGUAGGAAAUAUGGAUGUGUGUGAAAGUGCAAACAUUUCCAAAUUAUUCAUUCUUUCCAAUCAUUCCUUAAUGUUCGUUGUUUUCAUUCAUAUCCCAGAGUGCUCACUACAUUUCAUAAAUGUAUUACAGUAAUUAAGCAAUAUUGUAGGUAUAUUUUAAUGACUGUAUGUUGUAAAAAAAUAGAUCAUUGGAGUAGGUUGAAGUAAACUAUAUUCAUUUUCAGCUUCAGAGCCAUCUCUCUCACACACAUGCACUUAUGUUAUGAUUAUUCUGUGACUUGAUUUGACAUCGUGGCACUUUUAAGCCUGGAUCAUUUGAUCAUUGGGAAGGUCAAUUUAUCUUUGGGAGAUUCAUUAUUUACUUGUUCAACCAUGGUAAAUGCAUAAUAUCUCAGGAUGACAUUGGUGCAUAUACUCUGUAUAUAUACUGUCUA